GGGACGCCACUCACCUGAACAUGCAUAAAAUAUAAGGAUGCUGCUGGACCUUAUUCCAGGGCCCUAUUUAACCUUGAUCGGUAGAGAGUGCCAGUACGAAGCAUUUCCCAAGUAAGUGGAUUAAUCUCAUAAGAUCAGGCAUUAGGUAGCUAGAGUAGGACCUGCUAAGAAUAGGGUACAUUGAUAUUGUGGCAGGCUUAUACAGUAACUAAACCCAAAUUAUGUUUACUUAGAUUAAGUGUUUUUAACUAAAACUACUAAAAUCUGUGAGCAUUGAAGUUGCUAUUUAGUGAAGUGUGGGGUGUUCCCAAUAUGCAGUGGUUAGUACAUACCAAAAGUGGUGCAAGGAAAGACAACCGCUGAAAUGGCGUCAGGGUCGUGUGCGCUCAAGGCUUAUUGACGCACAUGGGGAGAGAAGGCUAGAUUGUCUGUUCCGAUCACACAGAAGAGCUACUAAAAAGCUCAAAUUGCUGAAAAAUUUAAUGGUGGCCAUGAUGGAAAGGUUGUCAGAGCACACAGUGCAUCGCAGUUUGUUGCGUAUGUGGUUGCGUAGCUGCAGACUGGUCAGAGUGCCAAUGAUAUCUUCUGUCCACUGCUUAAAGCACCUUAAAUGGGGACAUUAGAACUGGACCAUGGAGCAAAGGAAGAAGGUUGCAUUGUCUGAUGAAUCAGGAUUUCUUUAAGAUCAAGUGAGUGGCUGGGUGCACGUGUGUCGUAUACCUGGGGUAGAGAUGGCCGCAUGGGAAGAAGGUAGGCCAGCGGAAGCAGUGUAAUGCUCUGAGCAAUGUUCUGCUGGGAAACCUUGGGUCCUGACAUUCAUGUGGAUGUUCCUCUGACAAGUGCCACCUACCUAGAGAUUGUUCCAGGCCACGAACACCCCUUCAUGGCCGUGGUGUUCCCUGAUGGCAGUUGCCUUUCAGCAGGGUAAUGCAUCUUGCCACACUGCAAAAAUGAUUCAGGAAAGGUACAUCACAAAGAGUUCAAGGUGUUGCCUUGGCCUCCAAAUUCCCCAGAUCUCAAUCUGAUUAAGCAGAGGUCUUAUGGAAUCCAUGACUCCAAUCAUCAGAGCUGUUUUGGCAGCACGAGGGGAACCCACAUGUUAUUAAUCAACAUUGUGUGCUUUAUUGUGACACAUCUAUAUAUAAUAAAUAUAUAUAUUGGGCAUAUAUGAAAUGUUAACCAAUUAAAUUUUCUAUCACAUCAAAACAAUUUCUUCUGAUAAUGCUAAUCUAGUGGAUUUCAAGCUUAUUGAAAGAUUUAUAAAUGCUAGAGAGCAACCCAAAAACCCAAAGCUGUAAAGUAUACGCAACCCCCAAUAUUUAUGUAUUAAUAAAAAGAGGAAUCCAAAAUGCAUUAAUUUCGAAUGUUAGAUUAUUCCUACUUCAUUUUAGAUCUAGAGCGCCUCCACCCCUCCCCAACAAAGGUUACUUAUUUCUAAUCUACUCCAGCAGUGAAACUGUCUCCUCGCCACAGCUCUGCACCGCUCCUGGGAGAUUGCCACUCAUGAUCUAAUGGCCAAUCAAAUGCUUUGUGAUAAUCUCCUAGCCAAUCCAAUGCGUCUCAUGGAAAAGCUUUGGGACACAGGGCGCACGUGCGACAGUUACAUUAAAACCUUUAUUUUUCUAUGAGAAGCCCUCACUUCUGCUUUGAGCGAGCACUCAACAUGAGUGAAAAGGGCUUUCCUUCUGGCUUGCUGCAUGAUAAGCUGGUUGGUGUUAGCCAGUGGCAUCACUAGGGGGGGCCAAAGGGGGCCUUGGCCCUCCUACAUCAUGCAGUGCCUCCAUUGUGCCCCCUCACUUGAAAUUGAAGUCGGGAGCACUGCGUCUCCCUUCAUAAGGUGCAGCAGCGCUCUCACUGUUGAACUGUGUUCCACCUUUUCCCAGUAUCGACUAGACUUGGAGGACUUCCUUCUGGGUCACAGAGAGCAGCGCAGGGGAGAGACAGGGAGAGAAAGCUCAGCUCUGCACAGAGUGUGGGGGGAAUGAGGCAUCCAGGCAGCUACAGGUAAGUGUAAGUUAAUGUGUGUGGGGGGUGUCAAUUUAUGUGUAUAGGUCAAUCUGUGUGGGGGCGGGUGGGUCAGUCUGUAUGGGUCAGUGUGUUUGGGGGGUCAGUCUGUAUGGGUCAGUGUGUGUAUGGGGAGGUCAGUCUGUGUGUAUAGGUCGGUCUGUGUGGGGGGGGUCAGUCUGUAUGGGUGUGGGGGGGUCGGUGUGUGUGGGGGAUCAGUCUGUGUGUGUAUGGGUGUGUCAGUCUGUAUGUGUGGGGAUCAGUCUGGGCCAGUAUGAGCGAGUGCACUGGAUUGUGUAUCUUGUAUGUUAUAUACACAUGUUUUAUAACUCCCCCCCCUACUUUCAUCCCUGGCCCUUAUGUUCCCCCCCACCCCCCAAAAAAAAAGAUGAAAUAAAUAAAAAAUUCAGAAAUUAGUUAGAAAAACAGAGUUUAACAAAUGUAUAGACAAUGUCACAUUAUAUUGUGGGAAACAUGGCCUUCAAGAUUGUAAGCUCACGGGCAGGGCCCUCUACCUGUUGUAUCGGUCUGUUCUUAUUGUGUUUGUCUUUUUCCCAAUUGUACAGCGCUGCGGAAUUUGUUGGUGCUUUAUAAAUGCCAGUAAUAAUAAUAAUAAUAAUAAUAAUAAUGUAUUGGUUAAUAAAAAGAGGGCCAAAAUAGAGGAUUUACAAUAUUAUACCACUAGGUGGCAGCAGGCUCCAGUAAAUGAGUUCAAUACAAACCGAUAUGGCUAAAAAGGAAAUGAAUAGUCAGGUUGCAACAUCAAGGAAUAUUGGGGCAAUGUAAGAUUAGAGAUACAGAGAAGAGGGGAGAGCAUUCUCUUAUGGCCAGUAUUCUACAAAUGGGUGUCUCAGGCUGACGGUUCCUGGUCACCCAUUCACCAUAGGCAGUGAUCAGUCCGGACAGUUACCUGCUGGGUGCCCACUAUACACAGACUAUUCCAGAUUGUGGGGCCAUGCUACAAUUGGGUCUACUGAUCCAAACAGUGCUCUUGCCUCCACAUACCUCUCAAGAUUUUCAAAAAGACAACAGGGACAAUUUAUUUUCAGGGGUGGUGAUGUGGCCAGGGGUAGGCUGUUCGGAGAAUAUUUUAAGGUGAUUUACACACAGACACAUUACUGGGAGUAUUAUUACUGUGGAGCUCUGUUAUACACUCAGACACAUUACUUGGAGUAUUAUUGCUGUGGAGCUCUGUUAUACACUCAGACACAUUACUGGGAGUAUUAUUGCUGUGGAGCUCUGUUAUACACUCAGACGCAUUACUUGGAGUAUUAUUGCUGUGGAGCUCUGUUAUACACUCAGACGCAUUACUUGGAGUAUUAUUGCUGUGGAGCUCUGUUAUACACUCAGACACAUUACUGGGAGUAUUAUUACUGUGGAGCUCUGUUAUACACUCAGACACAUUACUGGGAGUAUUAUUGCUGUGGAGCUUUGUUAUACACUCAGACACAUUACUGGGAGUAUUAUUGCUGGGGAGCUCUGUUAUACACUCAGACACAUUACUGGGAGUAUUAUUGCUGUGGAGCUAUGUUAUACACUCAGACACAUUACUGGGAGAAUUAUUGCUGUGGAGCUCUGUUAUACACUCAGACACAUUACUGGGAGUAUUAUUGCUGUGGAGCUCUGUUAUACACUCAGACACAUUACUGGGAGUAUUAUUGCUGUGGAGCUCUGUUAUACACUCAGACACAUUACUGGGAGUAUUAUUACUGUGGAGCUCUGUUAUACACUCAGACACAUUACUGGGAGUAUUAUUGCUGUGGAGCUCUGAUAUACACUCACACACCAACAAUAUGAAUCUUCUAGGAAAGAAGGACAUUAGGAUAGAAAAGAGGGACAGAGGGAUGUUGGGUCCUAAAUAGAGACUGUCCCUCCUAAAUAGGGGCACUUGGGAGGUAUGGCUUCAUGUGUAACCCUCACAGACACUGUCACAGAUUGUAGGGCCAAGCAGGACUGUAGCAGAGAAUCCUCAUGUUCCUGUGAUGGUCUGUCUGGGGUAGUCAGGCUCUUACGCGAGCAGCAAGCAAGGUGAAUGUAGAUUGGGUGGGAAAUGACUUUAAAAUUUGCUUGAAAUUCUUGGCAUUUCUUACUUUAUCUAAUAACCUUGUAUCUCGGCAUCCAAUUCAAUUCCCAACAAGGACGAUUCAUGCUUUUUGAGAUCAAUACCAUUAAGCUGGGAAGAGAUAUUGAAAUAGCAGGACCUUUUUUUUUUUUUCUUUUUAAACAAGAAUGAACCAUCAAUGGUUAAAUAUUAUUGUUAUGAUCCUCUGUCUGGAACAGAUGACGUUCUGAGACUCAAUUUAACUUUUUUCCUUUUUCCUCUGCAGCACUCCGGUGGGUGUUCCUGGAAAACCUGUGGGAGUCAUGUUCGGCCCACUAACUGCACAUCUAUUACAUCACGUAGUGCUGAGCUGGUGAGUGAAGGUCAAUGUAUUACUCUAGGACUUACAAUGAGUAUCGUUAAGUUGAGUAAUGACAUUGAGGUUCCAGGAUUCUAUUAACUAGUCCCAAACAUUAGCAAUAAAUCCCAAAUAAAUCAAUGAUUAUUGCGAUCUUACUAGCACCACUAAUAGAAUUGUAAUACACUAGAAAUAGUGCUGGUUGGACUUUAAUUUCCCAAAUCCAACUAAUCGGUACCACCCAAUACUGGUCCUCAGGCCCUUCCUAUCCACUCCUCUCCUCCUGUUUAGUAACUCCAGCUGACCUGAUACAAAGUAAGCAGUAUGUGUACAUGGAUCAGGAAUGUCUGUUCAUAGUUCUCAAACUUUUGCUUUACAAUUCCAAUAAUUCUCCACUUGCCGAGAACUUAAUUCGUUCUGUGUUAUGGUGCCUUAUAGUUCAGUGUGUGGGUUCACAAAGUAACGAGUACAAUGUAUGUCCCCCCUACGGCACCGGUAGCUUUAUGUAAUCGCCCAGUGUCUGCUCCAACUGCGGUUCUUCUCUACUUGCAGUAACCACAUCAGGAAAGCUACAGCGGUAUUACACGUUUCACCUGAUCGCAAGAUUUCUUUAAGCUCUGGGGGACAUGACGUAUUUAGUCAAAUAUCAAGGUUUGCAUCAGAAAUGUAAGUAGUGGAUGCUUUGGUUUUAUUGCUGUCUUUGUCCCUCAUAGCGGAGUGUGUUGCUGUGUUUAAAUCCUUCCCAGCCAGGGGCGCUGCUGAGUGUCUGUACAUUUUGUGUAUGUGUGUUACUGUAAACCCAAAAAUAGCAAAGGAAAGGUAAAGAGCUGGCCGUGAGACCGAAGGCAGCAAACUCUAAAUCUGGGGACCCCUCUAAGCCCUAACAAGAAGGAAACAUAGUAUAAACAACAGGUUGCGCCUAUGUGAAAAGACUAAUAAAACAAAUCACUGAAUGAAAAAGGAAAAAAGUAGAAAAGUAUAGAAUAUAUAAAAUUAAAUUAAAAUAUAUUUAAAGGAAUAACAUAAAGUCCAAUCCUUUGUACUGUGUGUUACUGUGUUUGUGUCACUGUAAGCUGUGUAUCAGUGUUAAUUUUGGCGGUAAAUUUCAAUUUAGUUUUAGUCAUAGUUUUUUGAAUAAAAAGCCAUUAUAGUUUUAGUCGUAUUUUAGUCAUCUGAAUUGUUUUAGUUGACUAACUCUCCAAAAUACUUGACUAAAACUGACGAAAUGUUAGCCUGCAAAAUUAACACUGCUGUGUAUGUUGCUGUGUUAAGGUGUUGGUGUCUCUGUAAGCUGUGUAAUGUUGCCAUGUUAUGGUGUUUGUGUCUCUGUAAGCUGUGUGUGCUGCUGUGUUAUGGUGUUUGCGUCUCUGUAAGCGGUAUAUGUUGCCAUGUUAUGGUGUUUGUGUCUCUGUAAGCUGUAUAUGUUUCUGUGUUAUGGUGUUUGUGUCUCUGUAAGCGGUGUAUAUUGCUGUGUUAUGGUGUUUGCGUCUCUGUAAGCUGUAUAUGUUGAUCUGUUCUGGUGUUUGCGUCUCUGUAAGCUGUGUAUGUUGAUCUGUUAUGGUGUUUGCGUCUCUAAGCUGUGUGUGCUGCUGGCGUCUCUGUAAGCUGUGUGUGCUGCUGUGUUAUGGUGUUUGUUUGCGUCUCUGUAAGCUGUGUAUGUUGAUCUGUUAUGGUGUUUGCGUUUCUGUAAGCUGUGUGUGCUGCUGUGUUAUGGUGUUUGUUUGCGUCUCUGUAAGCUGUGUAUGUUGAUCUGUUAUGGUGUUUGCGUCUCUGUAAGCUGUGUGUGCUGCUGGCGUCUCUGUAAGCUGUGUGCGCUGCUGUGUUAUGGUGUUUGUGUCUCUGGAAGCUUUGUAUGUUGCUGCUGUUGUGGUGUUUGUGUCUCUGGAAGCUGUCUAUGUUGCUUUUUUAUGGUGUUUGUGUCUCUGUAAUUUGUCUAUGUUGCCGUGUUAUUGUGUUUGUGUCUCUGGAAUCUGUGUGUGCUGCUGAGUUUCUGUACCUCUUAGCCAGGCGGGCAUGGUACUGGCAGUGCGGGCUGUCUCUGUACUAGUUGCUCUCUCAUACAGAGAUGAGUGUGUUUGCACUAUUAUGUGCAUUUCUCUUGCUGUCAUGCUGAAUACAUGUCCACCUCGUAAUUCUAUUCUCUCCUUGCCCAUCUGCCUGUCUUAUUCUCAGUUUAUUUUUGUAAAGAUAUAUUUAGUAAAGAAUAUAAUCGAGUGAAGGGAGCGACUUUACAAAAAUGACCCACGUAGUAAGUGGCCAGUUUUACAGGAUAUACACAUAUUUAAAGUGAAGUACCCAAGAAAGGCUGAUAUCGUUAAUAGCACGUUAAGAAUGUGUCACAUCCGGAUAGUAUGAAAUGAAACACAUGCGCUCACAGUGAAUUGAAUUGUAAAAUCAUUAGGAGCACGGAAAAGAAAAAAAAACAGUAAAUUGGAGAAUGUUUGCAGUUCAGCAAUCUUGAUUUAAAAUAUAAAAUUCACUUUGAUGAAUAGCCCUGAGUGAGAUAAACAGACUUCGUCCAGUUGUUCCAAAUCUUCUCAAAAAUAUUGUUUAAUUUUUGGAGAAUAAAGCCUGCUUUACAUGUUUUUCUUAUCCUGUAUAAUUUCCAGGAUGUCAUUACAGAGAAUAUGUUGAAGAUUGUCCCAGUAUUGGGGUACAGCCUGCAGUAAAAUGUGAUUUAGUAGUUUGGUGAAGAGUCUAGGAACAAAUCUAGAAACCUUGAUUUGUUAGAGCAGUGCAUUGCCUUUUAUGGAGAAACUAUGGACGAUGUGUUUAAGUAUUUAUUUAUUUAUUUUUUAAAUUCUUUAUUUUUGUUGUGCACAAAUUAACAAACAGCCUCAGUAUGCCACAACAGCGGUAUUGAGGUAUAUAAAAAUUAAAUAUGCAAUACAGGAUGUGACAUUUGAUAUUUAGGCACAAUUUUUUUUUUUUAAAGGGUAAGCUAUAGAUAAGUCAGGCUAGUGAGUUCAAGCAUAGUAGGCUAAGUUGAGCUGACAGUUUAGGUUAUUUAGUUAGGACAUAAGUAGUCAAACGUGGUAUAUAACUUGCACAUUAACUAUAAGAACAGCGAGCGGAGUUUAACACGUGCUAGGCAAGUAUAGGUUCAUAUACCACAUGCUCGUAGUGCCACGACAGCAGAUACAAGCUCAACCACAACAUAUAUGUUGAAUUACAAGCAUGGCAAUAGAAAAGUCAUGUAUAAUGAUAUAUUGCAUCAGCGGGCGGUAGGUGUCCGCAGAUCUUAAAACUUUAUAUAAGGAAUAAAAGGUUAAAUGCCUAUAUAUAUGUAAAAACAAGAAAAUUAUAGAAAAUUAUAGAACAUGGCAGCAUUGAAGGGAACAGCACUCCGACAGUUCCUUGAUAACAUUUAUGGCGUUCCAGAACUGUCCCUGGUGUUAGGCAGGUGUCUCUUGGUCGGACUGCUCUGUUGUUUCGCUCUCCCCAUGGCCUUUUUCUCAGGUGUUGCUUCCUCUCGGUUUGUCUCUUCUGGCGUGUUGGCGGCUGGUCGGCCCAGUUUGUUAAAGAGAGUCUCUGGGUUGUCUGAAGAAGUUAGGGUGAAUGUUUCUGUGCCUUGUGUGACGGCCAGAGAGCCAUCCGCAUUCCAUCGAUAUCUGAUAGAGCAGUCCCGCAGCCUCCUAGCUACUGGGGCCAGCUGUCUUCUUUCCGCCAGGAUGGCAAAUGGGAGGUCACUGUAGAUGGAGAGGUUAUGGCCCUCAAAACUCACUUGGCCCAUAGAUCUGGAUUUAGUCAUAAUAGCGGUCCUCACCGCAAUGUCCUUGGUUGUCACAAUGACAUCUCUCGGUGCGUCUGCUGGUGCCGCUGUGGAUUUGCGUAUUCGGAAGGCGGCCAGGAUGCAAGGGGUGCCUGUGGGGCUAUGAACGCCCAUUGAGGUAAACAGCAUUUGAACAUAUUGCAGUGUGUCCCCCCCCUCAACCUGUUCAGGUAGACCUCUCAGACGCACAUUCCGACGCCUGUGUCUGGACUCCAGUGUGAGCACCAUUUUGCUUAUUUGUUUAACUUGUGAGGUGAGAUCCUCCACAUGUUGUGUAGUGGUCUGGAGCUGAGUGUCUCUGGCUUGUUCUCUGCUCUCCAUUGCAGACAUCUCAUGCUGCAGGGCCUUGACAUCAGUUUGUGUUUCCUGGAGGUCGGACUUCCACAUUGUUCUCAGAUCUAGGAGCAGUUUUUUAAUAUCUCCCUUUGUGGCGGGGGAUGAGUCCUCAUCUGAGUUAGUUCGCUGGUACACUCCAGCUGGGUGAGGAGAGAUGAUAUAUUCCUCCUCUUCAGGAGAGUCAUCAGAGGCAUCUUGCUCACUGUAUUGCUCAGCUGCCGCCCUUGUGGGUGUUUGCUGGGGUGCUCUCCCAAAGGAUAGUCUAAUAUCCUGCACUGCAGGCCUGUCUGUCUGGAACUGUCUUUUAUGCUUGCGCCCCAUAUCUUCUGUGGGUAUGUGUAUGAUACCGGGAUCUCCCUCUCCGGCAGGGGGGGGGAGGCAAGUCUCUGGUGGGGUCUACUAUGGGAGCUGAGUCACCCUGUACCUUAGCAGGGGGAAUGGCCACUUCCCGCCUGCCCGCAUGUGGUAGGCCCCAACUCGUGCUGCAGACCCGAGUGUUGGAGCUAGCGCUGCUGUUGCUGCUCCAGGCAGUCUCCGGGUGACUCCCCAGCUGCACGUGGUUGGACCGGUUACGAAACCGCUUGGUCAAAGCGGUGUUUACUCCAAAAUCGCCGCGGUGUAGCCGGAGCUCCAGUAAGUUGCGACCGCUCAGCUCCGCUGUUAGGCUCCGCCCCCCCGUGUUUAAGUAUUUUUACUACUCUCCAUCUAAAUUCCACAACCUUUUCCUGGAUACACCUGACACUAGCUUGAAAUGCACCUAACCUGGGUGGUCUUUAGCCCACACUUGGUGGCAUUGCCGGCUGAUCCAGAAGUACUGAAUAGGUAACCCUUCUACAGGUUGGUAUGGGAGCCGUGGGUAAAGUUUAUGGAAGACCAAUAAAAUGCCCCCUGUCCAAAUAGGAGCAGUGCUAUCCCGAUCCCUACUUACCCCAGGGUUGAGAUAUACACAUAGGGAGACCUAACCCCCCUCCCCCUCCAGGGCACACUAUAAAGAUGCUCAUUGAAUAUAACAUCCCUCACUUCCCAAAUCCAACUAAUCGGUACCACCUAAUAUUGGUCCUCAGGCCCUUCCUAUCCACUCCUCUCCUCCUGUUUAGUAACUCCUCCCCUCCAGUUUACCCACUCCUCUCCUCCUGUUUCCCCAUUCCUCUCCAACUGUUUACCCACUCCUCUCCUAUUUCACCACUCCUCUCCUCCAGUUUACCCAUUCCUAUCCUUCUGUUUCUCCACUCCUCUCCUCCAGUUUACCCAUUCCUAUCCUUCUGUUUCUCCACUCCUCUCCUCCAGUUUACCCACUCCUCUCCUCCUGUUUCUCCACUCUUCUCCUCCCGUUUCUCCACUCCUCUCCUCCCGUUUCUCCACUCCUCUCCUCCCGUUUCUCCAUUCCUCUCCUCCCGUUUCUCCAUUCCUCUUCUCCGGUUUCCCCACUCCGCUGACACCCGAAUGACACUAUAUGACCUGAUGUAAACCAACCUGGUCAUACCAAUCUCGUCGUUAACCAUUACUGGGUCUCCACCACACCACAAUGUGACUUUCUACCAUGCUAAGAUGUUUAGAUCUGAUGUUUUCUGUGUUAGUUCAACACUUUUAAUCCUGACAUGUCAAUACACAAUACUUUACCAAACAUACUGUUGACUUCACCCAUUUGUUGGCUGCAACAGACGAUUGUAAUAAACCCUGAACCUUUUACAUAAUGCGCACUCAGGGACAUAUGUACUCCACAUCUAACGUCACUUACGAUAUGACUGACACUUUUGACUCUGUAUAAACUGCUACUAUACAUACCUGAAGACCAUAACUGUUACCCUGAUUGUGAUGUAUUGUCUCACCAUGUAACUAUUCUUCAUUAUACUCCUGAUCUAUGUAACGACAGCCAACCCCUAUGUGAUUUGAUCUAAUGUCAUGGUAUUGUCCAUCUUUGCAUUUACAAUAAACCUUUAAAAAAGAAAAAUAGGUAUUUUUUUCAGUGCAAUAUUCCAGAUUAUUACAGAGUGCCGUGUGGAUGAAAAUAAGUUUGGAAGUAAAAGGUGUUUUUAGGGGCAAGACUUUGUGUAACUUCAAAUUGUUGAGGUUUAUCAUAGAUAUACAUGUAGCGAUGCCAUCCUGCCGUUCAACUUUUGCAGAUGAAGAACACAGAGGACAAUUGGUUUGGGUGGUCUAUGUAUAAAAUAUUCAAAAAGAGAAAUGUUUGCACCAGCUGUGUAUAUUCCUGAAAAAGUAGCUUAUUUUCAGUAAAAUAAUAAUUUUGUCAUAUGAAUUAAUACUCCCUUUUAUGCAUGGCACACUCCAGGUCCUUAAGGGUGAAGACAAGACUGCAGUCCACAAUCUACAAGGUGCAGCGGCUCUGCUUGCCAACCUGGGACUCCCUCAAGACGCCCUAAAAAACACGCAGGGCCCUGAUGGAUGGAUCGCGGCAUCGGUAGCCGAUUUUACCACGAGACAGCCCGCACAGGCCUCAUACAUGGCAAUUACUUCCAGAGUCCUCUGAGGGGAUGAAUUGUCCUUGCCUAAUGUGGCUUUCAAUAGAUUGUUCAUUACUGGUUUCUGUUUUAACAUUCUUUUAUUUCUUUUACAUUUAGUGCACAUUUUACUUACAUUAUACCUUAUCAGCUCAAUUGGUCUACAGACCAGAUAUAUACCUCCCCCCCACCUUCCACCUCAUUGUAGUAAAGAGGGGCAGCCAACUUGUGGCCUGCUCUAGUGAGUCAUAAAAUGUAACGACUCCUCAAUACACUAG